UCUUCUUCCUCAUCUCUCUCUAUCUUUCUCUCUCUCUGUUCUUCUUUCGUUUCUCUCUGCAUCUGCCCCUCCAACCUCAACUCUCUCUCUCUCUCUCUCUCUCUCUCUCUCUCUCUCUCUCUCUCUCUCUCUCUCCACUUCAUUCUUGCGCAUGUAUGCGUUCUUAGUUCUCUCACCACCACCACCACCAACUCAGUCUACGAAACAACCCUGAGAGACCCACCAGAAACAGUGGCUUUUGAUCAAAGAAGGGCAACCCAACAACCAGAUCUAACCUCUCUUAUGGAAGCUUUCUCCAAUAUCGAAGGCUUUACUGAGAUGUAAGAGAGCGCGCACGAGAGAGAAAAUUUCCCGGAGAAUGUUUUGGAAAAGAAAAGGAAAGACGGAGAAUGUCUCGUUAGAUUCACUCCGACAUCUUAGGAGGCGUUUCAUAUGCUUUUAGCCUGAUUUUUGUCCACCAAAACAGACCGUUUCACACAAAAAAAAAAAUGUCUACCCUCUGGCUUUAUCUUUAGUAUUUUUUUUUUUUUAAUUCUGCUUUCUCGUGCAUUGGCACUUAAUCCCCCUCCCCCCCAAAAAAAAGGCGAAGAAAUUCCGGACAAAAUCUCAGGGUUAGCUCGAAUACCGUUGGUUUUCCUAGGUAUUAGGACAAUCUAGGGGUUUAAAAAGGUCAAGCCUAGCAUUACGAGUUACUCAGAAAGUCUCAAAUAAUUUCCUUCGCUCAACAGUGCUGAAGGAGAGAAGAGAAUGUAAUCAGGACUGGUUUCACUUUUGGAACUAGGGUUUCUAGCUUCUUCGCUAACAUGCCAGCCGGAAUCAUGAUUCCGGCAAGGAACAUGUCGUCAUCGCCAAUGAUCGCGUCCAAUGGAUAUGGAUCAUCUUCCGGGCUCACCCUCGGUCAGCCAAACAUGAUGGAAGGCCUUCACCAUCAUCAGUUUCACCACCCGUUGGACAUGGCCCAUCCGACCGCAUCGGAGAGCGAACUUGCCCGUCUCCAGGACGAAGAGUUCGAGAUCAGCACCAAGUCAGGGAGCGAAAACCAGGAGGGUCAAUCCGGAGAUGACAUACCGGAUCUUCAACGUCCCAAUAAGAAGAAGCGAUACCAUCGCCACACCCAGCAUCAGAUCCAAGAGAUGGAAGCUUUUUUCAAGGAAUGUCCGCAUCCAGAUGACAAGCAGAGGAAGGAACUCAGCCGUCAAUUGGGCUUAGCGCCUUUGCAAGUCAAAUUUUGGUUCCAAAACAAGCGCACUCAAAUGAAGACGCAGCACGAGCGCGGCGAGAACACACAGCUCCGAGCGGAGAAUGAGAAGCUUAGGGCUGACAACAUGAGGUACAGAGAGGCACUGAGCACUGCCUCAUGUCCCAACUGUGGAGGGCCGACGGCCAUUGGAGAGAUGUCGUUCGAUGAACACCACUUGAGAUUGGAAAAUGCCCGCUUAAGAGAAGAGAUCGAUAGGAUUUCAGCUAUUGCUGCCAAAUAUGUGGGCAAGCCAGUGGUGAACUAUCCUCUUCUUUCCUCUCCGGCUCCUCCUCGUCCGCUCGAGCUCGGAGUCGGAGGUUUUGGGGGUCAAUCUGGCGUAGGAGGAGAGAUUUAUGGAGCUGGAGACCUUUUCAAGUCGAUUGGCGCCCCGACAGAAGCUGACAAGCCAAUGAUCAUCGAGUUGGCGGUCGCAGCCAUGGAGGAAUUGGUCAGGAUGGCCCAGAUGGGAGAGCCCCUCUGGAGCGUGAGCUUGGAUGGCACUUCAUCAAAUGUGCUAAAUGAAGAUGAGUACAUGAAAACAUUUCCUCGAGGUAUGGGGCCGAAGCCUGCUGGAUUUAGCACCGAAGCUUCGCGAGAAAGUAUUGUUGUCAUUAUGGAUCACAUCAACCUUGUUGAGAUCCUCAUGGAUGCGAAUCAAUGGUCGACGGUGUUCUCCAGCAUCGUCUCACGAGCGGCAACAUUGGAAGUGCUGUCAACUGGAGUAGCUGGCAACUACAAUGGAGCUUUGCAAGUGAUGACAGCUGAAUUUCAAGUUCCUACACCACUCGUUCCAACUCGCGAAGUCUACUUUGUUCGGUACUGUAAACAGCACAGUGACGGGACUUGGGCCAUCGUCGACGUUUCCUUAGACCACUUACGCCCAAGCUCGAUUGUCAGAUGCCAUAGAAGGCCUUCAGGAUGUGUGAUUCAAGAAAUGCCGAAUGGAUAUUCCAAGGUUACAUGGGUUGAGAAUGUGGAAGUAGAUGAUAGAGGAGUCCACAGCUUGUACAAGCAGCUUGUUAAUUAUGGUCACGCCUUUGGGGCUAAACGGUGGGUCGCCACCUUAGACAGACAAUGUGAACGCCUUACGAGCGCCAUGGCAACAAAUAUUCCUAACACUGAUGUCGGCGUGAUAACGAGUCAAGAAGGGAGAAAGAGCAUGCUAAAACUAGCGGAGAGAAUGGUGAUAAGCUUCUGCGCCGGAGUCAGCGCGUCUACGGCUCACACAUGGACGACAUUAUCAGGGACGGGAGCCGAUGACGUGAGGGUCAUGACCAGGAAAAGUAUAGACGAUCCAGGUAGACCACCCGGUAUAGUAUUGAGUGCCGCGACUUCUUUCUGGCUUCCGGUGCUGCCAAAUAGAGUCUUCGAUUUCCUCCGUGACGAGAAUUCUCGAAGCGAGUGGGAUAUUCUCUCGAACGGAGGGGCGGUUCAAGAAAUGGCACAUAUCGCAAACGGCAGGGACACCGGCAACUGUGUAUCUCUACUCCGAGUAAAUAGUGCCAACUCAAGCCAAAGCAACAUGCUGAUCUUGCAAGAGAGUUGCACCGACUCUGCCGGUUCUUUCGUGAUUUACGCUCCAGUGGACAUCGUUGCAAUGAAUGUGGUACUGAAUGGCGGGGAUCCAGACUACGUCGCGCUCCUUCCCUCAGGGUUUGCAAUACUGCCCGACGGUUCAGCCGUGCAAGGUGGCGACGAUCAACAGGCAGUGGGAUCUGGUAGUGGGUCUCUCCUCACAGUGGCAUUCCAGAUUCUGGUUGAUUCCGUUCCUACAGCUAAGCUCUCUCUUGGGUCGGUUGCGACUGUUAACAAUUUGAUCGCUUGUACCGUCGAGAGGAUCCGGGCUUCAUUGUCGUGCAAAGUGCUGAACUCUGCAGUCUAAUGUCCAGAUAUAGGACAUCGCUAAAGUAACGUGAAGAAAGAACAAACGGCAACUAUGUUUAAGCAGAAACAUCAGCUUAUAUCGAAUUCGGAGAAGUCAAGAUCGCACCUUACUUGCAAGGAUUAAAGGGUUCGGGUAUUGACUUCCCAGGACAAAGUGAAGACAGAGAAACUAACACGCAACAUUCCGUUUCUGGUGUUACGGCUUUUCUUUUAACCAAGUUUUGCGAACUUUGAUUAGUUUAAGGAAGCUCAGAGCUGUAGUGGUAAAGUUUUCACUUGUGUGCUCCAUCAGAAGUUCCUUCUGGUUUCUUAAUUCCCUUUCAUAGUAACCCCCCACUGCAAGUGUCAUUGAUAUGAACUAUACCGCAUCACUAGAUGUUCUCAAAAUUUUCGUCACUGA